CAGCGGCAGCAGCAGCUUCAGCGGGCGGAGGCGGAGGGCGUGAGCCGCGCAAGGGCGGGCCAGGCGCCUUCUUCCCGCAGAACUGCCUCCCUUGCCCCCAUGGCUACCCGGGUGUUGAGCAUGAGCGCUCGCCUAGGGCCCGAGGAGCCCGUCUUCGCGCAGCUCAAGCCGGUGUUGGGAGGCCGGGAAGGCUCGAUUUUCGCUCCGCCGGCUCCAGAAGAGCUCAAGCCGCCGCCGGCUCCUCCACAGCCGCCGAGCGGGGCCCGGAUGCCCGGAGAAGAGAUGGUGCAGACCCGAUGCGAGAUGGAUAAAUAUUUGACCCAGCAGCUGCCUCCCUUGCCCCCACUCCCCGAGCACAAAAAGUACCGGCGGGACAGUGCCUCGGUAGUGGAUCAGUUCUUCACCAAUGGUGACGGGGUGCCUUACAGCGUCAACAUGAACCUCUACCUGCCUGAUCUGUCUCAGCUGAGGACGGGCCUCUUCAAAGCCCCCAGAGGUCCCGCAACCCACAUCAAGACGGAGCCGGUCGGUGCCUUCAACCACCAGAGUGAGGCCUCUCCUGGGGUCCCCAGCUCUGCCCAGGCUCUCCCUGAGUUUACAAGCAUCUUCAGCCCCCACCAGGCGCCGGAUGUGAACAGCCUCUUCAUCAAGCAGGAGAUGUCUGCCUCAGAUCUGGGCCUCUCUGUGCCUGGGCCCCAGCAGGGCCAGCUGUACCAGCUCCUCAGCUCCCCCGAUUUAGACCUGCCGAAUGCCACGGGCCUGGACUCCCUUAGCAACGUCUCCCUGUCUUCCUCCAUGACGGGCCUCAACACCGUCUCUCCCGUCAUGUCCCAGACCUCCAUGAAACAGUUCCACGGGGUGCCUCCCUGCACGUACACCAUGCCCGGCCAGUUUCUGCAGCAGCCAGCCACCUACUUCCCCCCUUCCCCCCCAAGCUCGGAACCUGGCAGCCCUGACCGGCAGGUGGAAAUGAUGCAGAAUUUAACCCCGCCACCAUCUUACGCUGCCACCAUCGCUUCCAAGUUGGCCAUCCACAACCCGACCUUGAACGCGAGCAUCCCCAUGAAUUCGCCGAGCAUCCCAACCGUCAGAUAUAAUCGGAGGAGUAACCCCGACUUGGAGAAGAGGCGGAUUCAUUACUGUGACUACCCUGGUUGCACUAAAGUGUACACGAAAUCGUCCCACUUAAAAGCACACCUGCGAACUCACACUGGAGAGAAGCCAUACAAAUGCACUUGGGAAGGAUGUGACUGGAGAUUUGCUCGCUCGGACGAGUUGACCCGCCACUACCGGAAGCACACGGGUGCCAAGCCCUUCCAGUGCGCUGUCUGCAGCCGCAGCUUCUCUCGCUCCGAUCACCUGGCCCUGCACAUGAAGCGCCACCAGAACUGAGCUGCGUCUUCACGAGGCAGUGGGCACCUAUGCAACAUGCGGGCGACCCAAGUAUACCCACCCGCCUUCCACUAGAAAUAGCUAAGGGUUUGCCUGCGUACGAACUCUUCCUUUUUAGAAGCAGGAAAAUAAUAAUAAUAAUAAUAAUAAUGAGGCUAGAAGAAACUGGAAAUGUAUAUUUUGUAUAUUUAUGAGGAAACAGGGAAGACACUGUCCAGAGAGACACGGAUUGUUUUACUGCUUUAAUGCCCUGUGACUUUACUCUUUGUAUCUGGGACUUAGUCCUACAGGUUUCAUCUCAGGGCUGCCUGUCAUGAUGUUUUGCAGAUUGGGGUUGGGUGGUUCUGGGUAGGCAAAAAAGGGUCUCUCCAAUUUGAUCCUGUGGCCCUAGGCCGCUCCAUGAUGGAGCAGCACCAUGGGUCUUCAAGUCGCAGUUCUUCUGCACAACGGCUGUGCAGGCCCAUACAUCCAUUUCAGCCAUAAAUGUGUUGCCAGAAUAAAAUUGAAUCAAAAGAAUAAGCGGCAGUGCUUCACUGCUUCUUUCACUCUCCUUGUCCCUCUUGCUCUGGGAGAGUAGAAAGAAAGAGAAAAAGAGAUCAUUUGAUCCAGCAGAUCCUGAUUUCUUUG